AUGGCGGAUGAAAAGGGCCGCCCGGCCCCGGAACUAAACACCGCCGCUCCGGAGGACAACGCGGCGCUCUCUGAUGGCUCCGGCGGGUUUGUCCUGCGAGAUGCGAAGGCGGCGGCCGAGAAGGAGAGGAAAAUGACUUUGUGGCAGGGCGUGAAGCUGUAUCCCAAGGCUAUAGCGUGGAGUGUCCUCAUCUCGACCUGUAUCGUCAUGGAGGGCUAUGACAUUAGUCUGGUAAACAACUUUUACGCCUUUGAUCAGUUUAACCGCAAAUACGGCCAGCAGCUACCUGAUGGCUCAUAUCAAGUACCCGCCAGUUGGCAGGCCGGUCUCAGCAAUAUCAUCGGCCUAUUCAUCAAUGGUAUCGUGUCGGAACGUUUUGGGUACAGAUGGACCGUCCUCGCCAGCCUUGUCUGCAUCGCGGGAUUCACUGCCAUCUUCUUCACCGCCCAAAAUGUUCAGACCCUGCUCGUCGCUGAGAUUCUCUGUGGUAUCCCAUGGGGCAUUUUCCAAACCCUCACCAUCACCUAUGCCUGCGAGGUUUGCCCUGUCGCCCUUCGCGGAUACCUUACAACCUACAUCAACUUCUGCUGGGGUCUAGGCCAGGAGAUCGGCAUUGGAGUCAUCAUGUCUAUGCUUGACCGCAAGGAUGAGUGGGCCUAUCGCAUUCCCUACGCCCUCCAAUGGAUGUGGCCCCUGCCCCUCUUUAUUGGUAUCUAUUUCGCUCCCGAGUCCCCUUGGUGGCUGGUCCGCAAGGGUCGUGUUGAAGAGGCCAAGCAAUCUCUCCUGCGCCUAACCAGCCUUGAUCGUGAGACCGACUUUGACGCCGACGAGACCAUUGCCAUGAUGGUGCAUACAACUGCGCUCGAAGAAAAGAUGACGUCUGGCGCCUCCUACUGGGACUGUUUCAAGGGAACUGAUCUGCGAAGGACAGAGAUUGUGUGCAUGGUCUGGGCCAUGCAGAACCUCAGUGGUAACUCAUUCUCGAACUACUCAACCUACUUCCUCGAGCAGGCUGGCCUGGCGCCGCGCAAGGCCUACAGCUUCGCCCUCGGUCAGUACGCCAUCAAUAUGGCUGGCGUCUUCGGUGCUUGGUUCCUCAUGUCUAUCGGUAUCGGACGCCGCACGCUUUACCUCUACGGUCUCGCCCUUCUCUGCACAAUGCUUUUCAUCCUCGGCUUCCUUGGCCUCGUUCCCGACACUCACCGCGACCAAGCCUCGCUGGCGACUGGAAGCAUCAUGUUGGUGUGGGCUCUAUGCUACCAGCUCACCGUGGGUACCGUGUGCUAUUCGCUGGUUAGCGAAUUGAGUUCUAGGAGGCUGCAGAUCAAGACUGUGGUGCUAGGCCGCAACCUUUACAACAUUGUUGGAAUCGUCAACAGCGUUCUAACGCCGCACAUGCUGAACCCUGGUGCUUGGAACUGGAGCAACUAUGCCGGCUUCUUCUGGGGCGGAAUUUGCUUCCUUUGCGUGAUUUACACUUACUUCCGUGUUCCGGAGCCCCGUGGCCGUUCCUUUGCCGAACUAGACGUUCUCUUUGAGCACAAAGUAUCGGCGCGCAAAUUCGAGUCUACCGAAGUCGACGUCUUUGUCGAGUCCGUCGAGGAGAAUGUCAUUGAUGGCUACAAGGAGACCCUUGUGCGCAAGAAGCACAAUGCUGGCGCAGACGCUGAGAAGGAAAGGGCUGCGUAG